AUGGCAUACCUGACACUGGGCUGGCCUUUGCAGAUUGGUGUUGCUCUCGAUGUCUGUAUCAAUUUGACGAUUCCACUGGUUGCUGCAUUUGUUGGAUGGUUCACUAACUGGGUCAGCGUCCAGAUGCUGUUUUAUCCAAUAGAGUAUGUUGGCAUCGACCUCUACCGCAAGAAGCAUGUUCCCUAUGGUCUGAUUGGCUGGCAGGGCGUUGUGCCCACAAAGGCUGAUGUGAUGGCAGCGCGCCUCACAGACAUCGUCACUGCCAAGCUGCUGAGCUUGCCAGAGGCAUUUUCGCGCCUCGACGCGCCGCACUUCGCCUCUCUGAUACUCCCAAGCAUCGAGGAGUCCAUACGCAAUGAAGCGCCCAAUGGGGCGGCCUGGGCUGUGUUGCUGAAACCGCUCCUGCACUGGGCGCUCUGUCGUGUGGUUCGGGCACUGCAGCGAGACAUCGCACAGGUUCUGGAUCUGGAAGAGGUGGUAACUGAGGCAUUCCUGCGCGAUGUGCAGGUUCUCGUGGAGCUCUUCCAGAGGGUGGGCCGCCGGGAGUUGGAUUUCCUCGUCAUCUCAGGUCUUUACUUCGGGUUCGUCCUCGGACUCGCUCAGAUGUGGAUCUGGGCCCAUGUGCCGAGGGCGUGGACGUUGCCGGUGGCGGGUGCGGUCGUGGGAUACGUCACGAACUGGGUUGCUGUGAAGAUGAUUUUCGAGCCAGUGGAGCCGGUCAUGGUUGGGCCCUUCCUUCUGCAGGGCAUGUUCGAGAUGCGUCAGCCAGAGGUCUCCGUGGAGUUCGCAGAGUUCAUCGCCGCACGCGUCCUUACGCCGGCACGCGUCUUGGAAGGACUUUGCGACGGCCGGAGGCAAAACGAGUUUGCGGCCCUGGUGCGGGCAAAUGUCCCUGUCGUGCCAGACUCCGUGGUGGCUGCCGCCCUUAGCGGCCUUCGGACUCUGGCCAAGGAGCCCCCGAGUCACGCAGCUCACGUCUACGCGGCAGAUGCCCUAGGCAUCGAGGCUACCCUGGCCCACCGGCUGCAGCUCCUAUCGCCCAAGGAGUUCGAGGGCCUGCUGCACCCUGUUUUCCAAGAAGAUGAGAUCAUCCUCAUCCUUGCCGGCGGUGUGCUGGGUGUGGCCGCAGGACUGGUCCAGCUCUUUUUCGGCUGGGGCGGCCCUUCCGCUCUCCCGGCGGCCGGCAUGACUAGUCUAAGUGGGAUGUGA